CAGUGCAUUAGAAAGAUUUGGGGAGGGAGUGCACCUCACUGUUAACUGUGUCCUUCAUUUUGGAGGUGGAAGGAACCUUGGAGUCUGCCUCGACCCAAAUCAUCCCCCCCCCCCCCACCAUAGCUGACAGGUAGUCAUGUGACCUUUGCCUGAGGGAGCACCCACUCGAACCUGACAGUUUGUUUCUUGUGAUCCGAAUCUCUUGCCAGAUGGAAAAUGCCAGAGUCAGAGGCGCUUUGAAGGACUAGCACUGCCCCUGCUGCUCCUGAGUGCCUGCCUCUUAAGGUUCUGAGGUCUUGGUGGGGGUGGAGUCAAGCUGGCCUACAUCCAAUUCUCCCAGGAGCCUCUUUUCCUGGACUUGAGCCCUCCCCCAUGACCAGUCCCACUGCUACCGCCAUUGAGUGACAAGGCCACCUGCAGAUCUUUGCCCUCUAAGCCAAAGAUAGGCACUGGGCCUUCCAGAAGGCCAUAACUUUCAGUUUAGUAAGAAGUAAGAGGCACUUGCAUGUUAGGCAACCAGGCCCUUGAAAAGACUAUUCUGCCACAACGUGCCUUCCACCUCCUCCCCCGCCCCUGCCAUGUCUGUGCUCUGCUUUAAUAAAGGCUGUGGGCAGCACUUCAACCCAGAUGCCAAUCUCUCAGGUGAGUAGUAGCUGCCUUUUGUGGGGGGAGGUGGUGAAUUCAGUGCACUGAAGGGGGUUAUGUGGGGAACCAGUACUGUAGGCUUCUCCCCACUCAGCUCAAUUGAUGGGUAGGAAAAAUAGAGCCUUGAGCAUGCCAUUUUUUCCAGCGGAGGGUGCAGGGGUGGGGGCAGGACAGCACCUUCUCCUUCUUGCUUUCACAUUCGAUCUUACCUGCUCUACAGAUGGCUGUCGCCAUCACCCUGGGGUGCCCAUCUUCCACGAUGCCCUUAAGGGUUGGUCCUGUUGCCAUAAGCGAACAACAGAUUUCUCAGAAUUCUUAAGCAUCCAGGGCUGUACCCUGGGACCACACUGUGCUGAGAAGCCUCUGGAGAGCCCUGGUGCUCGAAGUGCCCUCCAGGGGCCCAAGCAUUGGGACACCAUUCCGAAGUCAGCAGAGACACUUCGCCGGGAAAGGCCAAAGGAAGAGCUGGACCUGGGCCUCCUGCCACUCAGUGUAUCUCAUGCCCUGGAGACUGCCCUGGCACAGAAGGAACUUGUCCUCGAGGACCCUGAGCCUGGAGCAGGGAGAAAAUGCACAGUCCCAAGAUGGAGUACCUCGUGGGAGGAAUGGCAAGGGGCCCGAAUCGCUGGCUCCAGGACUUGGGAUGGGAGGAAGUUGUGGAAAGACUCGAAAGGACUCCCCAACACUGUGGUGCGUCCUGGCUCCAUCUGCCAGAAUCCAGGAUGUGGUGCUGUGUUCCAAGGCUCUGAGAGUGAUGCUGGCCCCUGCCGCUUCCAUCCUGGAGGGCCUCGAUUCCAUGAGGGGAUGAAAUCUUGGAGCUGCUGUGGUGUAACAACCGUGGACUUUAGCGUGUUCCUGGCACAGCCAGGAUGCAGCCUUGGUAGACAUGUCUGGAAGAAGCAGCAAUGGGUCUCCUGCCGCCACGACUGGCACCAGACAGCCUCUGUAGUAGUGGUGACUGUGUAUGGCCAGAGCCCACUGCCUGCACUCAGCUGGGUGAAGGCCAGUCCGACCAAGCUUCAUAUCUACAUAUCUUUUGAGGGUAACCGGGUUUUCCAGGAACAAAUGGCACUCUGGGGGGUCAUAGCUGUGAAGCAGAGCUCUGUCUCCCUCAUGCCAUCGCGGGCAGAGAUCUCCCUGAGCAAGGCUGACCCAGGGCCUUGGGCCCAGCUGGAGCAGCCAGGCACAGGGAUGCCAGCUGAGAAGGUUGGGGAGGAUGUUGGGCCUGGGAUGAUUGGAGAGGAACCUGAGGAUUCAGAUGACGAUUUGAGCUGGACAGAGGAAGAGGUUGAGGGAGAGUGACCACUAGAUAGAUAGGUACUUUCCCAGAAUCUUAGGGGUUCCCCUAGGAUGCUGGAAUCAGGGGCACGGUCAGUUGCAAUGCUGUUACUGGGUACUGGGCUGUAGGACAGGGAGGAAACCUAGGAAGGGGCCUUCCCAUGCUGUUACCGUGCCCAAACACAUUUCAUGGUCCUUAGAUCACACUGCGUCAUUCUCUUGCUCUUUCCUCAGUCCAAGAACAGCAUGUGGAGGCUUGAUUCACUCUCGGUACCUGGUCACGGUCUUCACCGCCUCCCCCACCUCCCAACAAGAAACAGCAACAGCCAAAUGAAAACCCACAAAACCAAACCCACACAACCAUCCCUCGGUCUUUGACGUUAAUCUUGAAUUUAAUAUAAUUUAAUAUAAGCCAUGUGCCCAGACCUCUGAUGGCCUGCCCCCUUCCCCCUCGAGGAAUCGAAAAUAUAAGCCCUGUCCCCUGGUUGUGGAGACAAGAGGCAAAACAGUAGAGAAAGUGCUGAAAUGGCUGCUGUAGGUUCUAAGUAACAGGGCUGAGAAGAGAGAGCUUAAUGUGGGCUUGAGUAGUCAAGGAAGGCUUUGUUGACAAAGAUUUGGGGCCCUGUAGCCAGGGCUCUCCUGCUUCUAUAUCCCUGUAAGGUUGAAAACAUAGGGGAGAAAAAGUGGAGCGCUUAUCUAGCUCUGGAGCCUGAAACCUGGAACCAAAUAUUUGAGACAAGACUCCAUCUCCAGCAAGCGCACGUUGACUUCUCUAGGACCCUGGCUCAGCAGGAGGGAGAGCCCUUCAGGGACGUAACCUAGCACAGUGCCUGGCUUUUACUGGGUGCUUGGUUGAUUGCAGUAAAUUGAACUCAGUCAUAUAGUUCA